AUGCCUUCUACUCACAAAAAAGACAAGCCUUGGGAUACUGAAGAUAUUGAUAAGUGGAAGAUCGACCAAUUUACUCCUGCGGACAACUUAGGCGGCACGUUUGCAGAGGAAUCGUCUUUUGCCACGCUCUUUCCUAAAUACCGCGAAGUUUAUCUUCGGGAAUCAUGGCCGCUAAUAACUCGCUCCCUUGAGAAGUAUGGAAUAGGAUGCCAACUAGAUCUUGUUGAGGGUUCCAUGACGGUAAAAACAACCCGGAAAACCUACGAUCCUGCCGCUAUUCUCAACGCGCGAGAUCUGAUUAAAUUGUUAGCCCGCAGUGUUCCCGCACCUCAAGCCAUCAAAAUCCUUGACGAUGGAGUCGCAUGUGAUAUAAUUAAGAUACGAAAUCUAAUAAGGAAUAAAGAGAGAUUCGUAAAAAGGCGGCAGCGCAUUCUUGGGCCUAAUGGGACUACACUAAAAGCACUGGAGCUUCUCACUGAAUGUUAUAUUCUUGUUCAAGGAAAUACAGUUGCAGCAAUGGGGCCAUACAAGGGCCUAAAAGAGAUACGUCGCAUAGUUGAAGAUUGCAUGGCAAAUAUUCAUCCAAUUUACCAUAUUAAGGAGCUUAUGAUCAAGCGAGAGUUACAAAAAGAUCCAGACUUAGCCAACGAGAGCUGGGAUCGAUUUUUGCCGCAUUUUAAGAAGCGCAAUUUAAGUAAACGAAGAGUUCCAUACAAGGUAGUUGACAAAAGCAACAAGACAUACACACCAUUCCCACCGCCACAGGAAAAGAGCAAAAUAGAUUUGCAAAUCGAGACCGGAGAAUACUUUUUGGGAAAACAGGCCAAGGAACGUAUGGCUAGGGAAGAGAGACAGGAAAAACAGCACGAAAAGAAAAAAGCCAAGUUGCAAGAGAGAGCUCAAGAGUUCGUGCCGUUGGAAGAAGAUGAAGAGAAAAAUGAAAAGCGGAAGCGCAAACGCGAAAAAAGUGCCGGAGAUGAUGGGAUCAAGAAAGAGAAGAAAGAGAAGAAAAAGAAGGCCGAGUUGCAAGAGAGAGCACCAGAGUCUAUGCCACUGAGAGAAGAUGAAGAGGAAAAAGAAAAGCGGAAGCGCAAACGUGAAAAAAGUACUGGAGAUGAUGGGAUUAAGAAAGAGAAGAAAAAGAAGAAGGCCUAUCAUUCCGAGGGAGAUCCUGAGUAA